AUGAAUAAUUGGGACUCUUCCGACGAAAACUCCAACGCUAUCGCUCUCCAAGGUUUGGGUUUCGCCAUCGGCCUAUCCAUCGCAACAUUCAUAUUGGCUGUGACCGGAGUCUAUUUGUACAUGAGGUGGACAGUAAACCCCACAUCGGUAGACGAUGGGCCCGCGGGCCCCAAUAGUGUUAUCGUGAUCAUCCAUCAAAACAACGGCUCGGAUGGCGCCACCACCUCAUCAUCAAUAUCAUCCUACCCGCAAUUCGCCUACUCCGAAAUUGGGGCCCACAAGAUUAUUAGUGAAUCCCACGCCUCAUCCUGCUCGAUUUGCCUGGCGGAUUACGAGGCGGAGGAUUUUGUUAGGUUGCUUCCGAGCUGUGGACACUUCUUUCAUGUCAAGUGUAUCGAUCCGUGGCUAAUACUUCAUCCCACUUGUCCCGUUUGCCGAAGCUCCCCAUUGCAAAUUAGUAGUAGUAGUACUACUACUCUUGCGCAGGCACGCUAA